UAUGAGAAUAUUGUGGUAAAUGAAUAUGAUAAAAAAAUAAUAUAUGCUAAAUUAGUAUCUACAUAUAGUAUAGUAUGAUAGAAAAAUAAUAUAUGCUGAAUUAGCAUCUACAUAUUAAAUAUAGUAAAAUAUAGCUAUAAUAUUGCACUGAUGGAAGGAAUAGCAUGUCAGAUCUUGAACAGCAGCAUCUGGAGACUGUGUAAUACAUAGAAUAUCCUUACUUAAAAAAAAUAGCAGACAUCAAAAGUGCUUUGCAGUUGUUUUGUCCAUUUUUCUGUUGCUCUCCUAAGUGCAUAUCAUAACUCUUUCUUUGCAUAUACCUAAAUAUAGACUGUAGACGCCUAUAGCCAUUCUGUCCUUACUUCAAGUUCUAAGUAACACUUAUUUCCAGGGCUAAUUAAUAUAAGAAACUGGUACACAUUUAUUUGUGAAGCAAAUUGAUCAAUCAGUUUAAUCAAUGGUUAUUUACUCUCCUACUAGUUCUAAUUUCUUCCUGUUAUAUGUAUGACAUUUUGAGUAAAAUAAUGCAAGGGCGAAGUCUGGAGAUAUGGACCAGGGGGCUGGGUAUAAAAAAACACUACUUUAUUCUAUUGUUGGGGGAAAAUGGGUAAAACUGAGAGUACAAAGCAAUAUAUUUAGUUCAUUGUCAGCAGUUGAAUGCUAAUUAUCUGAGACACUUCUGUGCUCAUAUAUUAGCCAGGAAGAGCAAGUUUAUUUCACCUAUUGGUUCUCUGACUGCUGCAGACGUCAGUAGAAGAAAACAUGUUACUUUCCAGAACAUCCUCAUACACUGCAUAGUAAGAAACAGUCUGCUGAUGCUUUACUGUGUUUCACUUGGUUAAACCCAUAAACUUGGGCAGUGGAAAGGCUAUCUUCUGGAAAGAUUCAUAACAAUGAAGAUGCCUGAUGGUUUCCUGGCCACUGAGAUAUUUUGAAUGUUGAAAUUUUCUUUCUAACAAUGAAUGGUUCACACUUAACGUCUGGAAUUUCUGAUUCUACCUGUGGUGACAAAAAAGAAUCUGAUGUAUAUUAUUCUGUCAUCUUCAUGACUGUUGGGAUUUUAUCCAAUAGCCUUGCAAUAGUAAUUCUCAGGAAAGCAUAUAAGAGAUUUAGGCAGAAAUCAAAAGCAUUGUUUUUGCUUUUUGCCAGUAGCUUGGUUAUCACAGACCUGUUGGGCCAUCUCAUCGUUGGAACUAUUGCAGUAUUUGUAUAUGCGUCUGAUAAAAACUGGGGUUCAUUUUUUCCAUCAGAAAAGAUAUUUUGCAAUUUUUUUGGUAGCUGUAUGGUGUUCUUUGGACUUUAUCCUCUUUUUCUGGGCAGUGUAAUGGCUGUGGAACGCUGCAUUGGAGUGACAAAACCAAUAUUUCAUUCAACAAAAAUGACUUUUAACCAUGUAAAAAUGAUAUUGACUAUGGUGUGUUUUUUUGCUAUUUUCAUAGCUUUGCUGCCUAUACUGAGAUUAAGAUUUUAUGGAAUUCAAGAAUCAAGAACCUGGUGCUUCUAUAAAAUAAAGGAUACUAAAGAGUGGGAAGAUAGAUUUUACAUCUUACUUUUUUCAUGUUUGGGUUUGCUGGCCCUUAUUAUUUCACUUUUGUGCAAUGCUGUGACAGGAAUUACACUUUUAAGAGUCAAAUUUAAGAGUCAACAUAGACAGGGCAGAUCUCAUCAUUUUGAAAUGAUCAUUCAGCUCUUGGGUAUAAUGUUUGUCUCUUGCAUUUGCUGGACCCCUUUCCUGGUAAUGAUGGCCAUUAUUGGAAUAAAUGGAGCUGGAGAUAAAGAUGACCUCCAGUUAUCAUGUAAAACUAUAAUUUUUGCUGUUCGAAUGGCAACGUGUAAUCAAAUAUUGGAUCCAUGGGUAUAUAUUCUUUUGAGAAAAGCUGUUCUUAAAAAACUGUAUGAGAUUGCUAGGAGAUUUUGUGGAGUACGCCUUGUUAAUUUGUCCACAUGGGAACUCAGUUCCAUUAAAAAUUCUUUAAAAGUGGCAGCAAUUUCAGAUUCACCAAUUAGUUCCAAACUGACAAACCAACAGCAACUCAGUAUAAGAGUGCCAUAAAGCGAAACACAGAGAAUGAUGAAAGUAAAGGUUUAUGAUUGUUGUAUACUUUGAAACCUGAGAAAUGGCUCCAAUUAUAGAUAUGUCUCUAUCUGGAACUGCUACUACAAGAUGUUUGUGAAUAUAAAGAAUCCUUUUUAUAGAACACACCCAUCCAUAUCUAGUGCCAAAUAUUUCAGGAAUUUGUAAAAAAAAAAGGAGGCAAUGCUUAAUAAAUUAAUAUACGGUAUGUAAAAUUAUUAAAUAAAUAAUGUUAAAAACCUCAAUAAAGAUAGGAUGUUAGUGGCUGUGAAAUAGUUUUGAAUGAAGUAAACAUUUCAAUGUUUGGGUUUUAUGUUUAAAUGAAACAUAAAAUCGUGUUUUCAAAUGUGUUUAAGGGAAAGCUUAACAGCAGUAUUAAAAUGCAUACAUAUGUCACAGAAUUUAGAGACGAAUGUGUCCAAACAUCACAAACUCUUGAGAAGUAAUAUUUUGUUAACACUUCAGUUGAGGUAGAAUGAAACCUGAUAGAUAUUAGGGCAAGCAAAACUAAGUAUCUUAGUGUUGAAUUUUACAAUGUAUGUGCAGUGAAAUUAUGUAAAAAGCAUUAAUUUUGAAAAUGUUCCUUGAUAGUAUAAAGCUUUUGCUGAUUUUUGCAAAUAUCUUAUCUAAGUCUUAUAAAACAGGUGGAAUAUUACUUCCUAAAUGAAAUAGCCCUGCAUCUUGCAUUUUGGAUUUUCUGAGCAAUUUAGAAACAAAUAGAAAUUAGUAUAACACAAUAAAUUCAUUGUGUAAUCUGGAAAUUCUACCCUACAACUUUAAUGGUUACUAAAUAAUUGGAUGCUAUGCUAUAUCAAUAUUUUGAAUUAUAGUCAUAUGAUUAUAUAAUUACUUCCAAAGUAUUGUGAAUGUUUAAGUCAAUUCACAUAUAUGCAUAGAAAAGUUGACAUAUAGCAUUAUAUGUCAAAUAUUAAUUUAGGUUUAAUUUAACUGUUAUAUAUUAUUUCAUGUUGUACUUUGUGGGCUCAUCUUAUUAAUAGAUACAUAAAAGUCAAAACACUUGUUUGUUUUAUUGAAAGUAAAUUCAGGCAACAUUAAAGUGAGGAUUACUUCAUUCUUGGUUUGAGCAAAAGAAAGGAAUGUAUUGCAUUUAAUUUAAAUCGUAAUACUUCAUAUUAAAUGUAAAAGACAUUAUGUAUGCACAAUAAAUUAAAUUUGCAAUCCACAAAAGUUUAAAUGAAAGCUUUUUAUAUAGAUUAAUAUAUUAUUAAAUUUUUCUGUAUAAAUACAGACUAUAAGAGAACGUAUAUAUGUUCUGUAUCUCUCUUUCUGUCUCUGUCUCUCUGUCAUAGAGCUUAGCUAUAAAUUGUUAGACAUUAGCAUCAUUUUGUUCUUAAUGUAUAGCUUCACAUAAUUUUGUAUAAAAUGUCUGCAUAAAUUUAGUAAGAUUCCUAGGAUCUCAGGCAAUUGAAUGCCUAGGAUUCUUCAUGACUUGCAUACAUUGGAGCUGUCUUAAAAAAACAAGACAAAACUGGCAAAGAUAAUUAAAGUAGAAUAUUACAAAAUGAAAUCAGUGCGCUAAAGGAUGCUAGUGCUUCUAUUGCUACCAGCAGUAAUCUAAAAUAUUUUAUUACUAUUCAUGUUUACAUGCUGUGUAAGCCAAAAGAAUUAUAGGCUAUGUUAGGUACAUGAGACAGAAAUAAAGAGAAAAUACAAACCUUUAUUAACAGUUUUCCAAAUUUAGGCCUGUACAAUGUCUAACUUACCAAAAUUGAAUUUAACUCUACCAGUUACGUAAACGCAAUUUAGCAAGUGUCUUUAUUUUUACAUUCCAGAAAAAAAAUAAUUGUUGAGAUAUAAGCAAUGGUGGGAUUCAGCCGGUUUGCACCACUACGGCAGAACCGGUAGCUAAUUUUUUUGUUGCCCAGACCCAGAAAGGACUUCCUGAAGCGGCACCUACACAGAGAACUGGUUGUUCACAUAUUUGAAUCCCACUACUGGAUAUAAGGCUGGUGAAAGAUAAUUCCUAAAUUGAAGAUGUGACAGUGAUAGAAUAAUAGCAAUAGCAGACUUACAUAUCACUUCACAGUCCUUUACAGCCUUCUCUAAGCAUUUUACAGAGUCAGCAUUGGCCGCAACAAUCUGGGUCCUUAUUUUACUGACCUCGGAAGGAUGGAAGGCUGAGUCAACCUUAUCAAGUGUUAAUGUUAAGACAAAUGAAGAAAUAUAAUUAUGUGGAGACUAUAUUCUAUCUGAAUCAUUUUGUUAUCAUUUCCAAUUAUGUACAGUUAUCUUGAAUAAAUAUCAUUUUCUGGUAUUAGGAUAGAGCAGGCUUGAUAUAUAAAGAGCAAGACCACAGUUCAGUGAUGGAGCAUGUAUUUAUACAUAGAAGGUUUUAUAUAACAAAUCUCUAGCAUCUUCAGGGAAGGCUGGAAAAGACCUUUUUGAAAGAUUUGUGAAUUACUGUUAAUAUAAUCCAUACUGAACUAGAUGGAUGUCAAAUCUGACUUGAUCUAAGAAGCAUUCUAAUCUAUAACAUAUGUUCCUAUAAUAGACCAAUACUAUCUUUAUAUAAUAUAACUAACCCUUCUCCCCCUUUGAAACUGGACUUUUGAAGAUAGAGUCUACUGCCAUUCUUUGUUAUGUCAAUUUACAUGAGAAGAUUACUAUUUGUUCAAUGGUCCUUCGUCUGUACAUUGCUUAUGCAUCUUGCAAGUGCUCUCCAGUUUUCUUGGAGUAGUUUUGGGAAGUAAAAGAGGGAUGGUUCCGGAAAAAUCAGUUCUUUUAUGGAUUUUAUUCCUUCAGUAUAAUAACUCUUUUGGAUGAAACCUGCCUAAUGUGUUCAGUGGUUAGGUUAGUUUCAAUGACUGUGACUGAUGCUUAACAAUAAUGUUGUGGAAAUCUUCACAGAUGGAAAGAGAAAAUGAUAUUUAAAUUUGCGGGCUUGGAGAUGGGUGUUAGGUGAAUAAAUCUUAAUUCUACAGUAUGUAUUUUUUCAUUUUGGCUAUAUUGUUUUCAUUCUGUAUAUAUAUUUCUGUUUAUAAAUUGUAUAAAACAGAGUGAAUGUAUGAUGUAGUGCAUCAUUAAAUUUAUUAUAAUGUGCCUUUAUUGUUAUGAUAUGCUUAAAAUAGCAAGGGAGAAUCGCAAAUGCUGAAAAAAAUGUGGUCAUACUGUGAAAGUCACAGAAGUGUUAUAAAUACUGGGAUAUUAUUGGUGACUGUAUUUUCUCAGUAUUUAAAGGUGACUCUGCUAACUUUUUUGUGGUUGCAAAUAAAGCUAUUUAAUAUUUA